GGCUCAAACGUAAACCGAUCAAAGCGUACAAGUGAUGGAGGACACCUGAGGAUGAAUCUGGAAUUGGGAUCUAAUCCGUGUGGACAGAAGUUGGAUGUAGGACUACUUUUUUUUGUGACGUAAGCUGUUUUUAAGAGCAACGUGCCUUUCUAUGAGCAUCACCCGACUGACAGCAUGGGGAUACAGUUGCUAUUUGCCGCCUUGGGAGUGGCGACAGUCGUGGUGGUGACGGCUGACUGUCCGGUGAUGUGUGAGUGCCCGGCGGUGCCCCCCACCUGCCCCCCUGGAAUAAGUUCAGUCCCUGACGGUUGCGGCUGCUGCAAGGUGUGUGCCGCGCAGUUGAACCAAGACUGCCACGAGGGACAACCGUGUGACCACCAUAAAGGACUGGAGUGCAACUACGGCAAUGAUGUGGGUCGCACCCAUGGCAUCUGCAGGGCAAAGGCAGACGGCCGCUCCUGUGAAUACAACGGACGGAUUUAUCAAAAUGGCGAGAACUUCCGUGCCGGCUGCAAACACCAGUGUACCUGCAUCGACGGAGCUGUAGGAUGCAUGUCCCUUUGCCCCAGCCACGUGCCUCUGGCUUCUCCCUCCUGUCCUGCCCCCAAGUUAGUGAAGGUGCCAGGCCAGUGCUGCCUCAGCAUCGACUGCCACAAGGGAACCACUGUUGUGCCCCCAGCGCACCGACGACCCCCACCUCCUGCUUACCGACCUUACCCCUUCGUUCCCUACCCGGCCUAUCCAUACUCCAAGCCUUAUCAGAAACCUUACCGGAAGCUGUACCCCUAUAAACCCAAAAAGGAGAAAAGCACCUUGGGCAACGAGCUGCUGGAAGUGCGGCGUAAAUGGGACAAGGCGCACGGAAAUAAGGACCUGAUGGCCUGGAGUAAGUUGGGAGAUCAUUGCUUGGUUCAGACCACCUCCUGGUCCCAGUGUUCCCGGACCUGUGGGAUGGGCAUCUCCUCUCGGGUUACCAACGACAAUGGCCGGUGUAAGCUGGUCAAGGAGACACGCCUGUGCAACAUUCGGCCGUGCAGCUCUAUGUCUAUCCCUGUGAAGAAAGGAAGGAAGUGCUCUCGUACACACAAAGCCCCUGAGCCGCACCGUUUGUCCUACGCCGGCUGCAGGAGCACUCGCCUGUACAGGCCCAACUACUGCGGGGUGUGCAGGGACGGCCGCUGCUGCUCCCCCCGUCGCACGCGCACGGCCAACGUGACCUUUGCCUGCCCCGACGGGGACCUUUUCAGUAGAUCCGUGAUGUUCAUCCAGUCCUGCAAGUGCAGCGACGAGUGCAACCAUCUGAACGAGGCUGUGAUGCCGCCGCAGCUGUGGCUCUACGGAGACGUUCACAAAUUCAAGGACUAGCUGUGCUAGCCCUGCCCCGCCUGCAUUCCUCCAUAACAGCAUAAAUUGCCACCCAUUAGUGAUUCUUUUUAUAGAGCAGCUGUUCCUAGUGUAGCUACCAGUAAUAUGCAGGCAAUGGUAAAAGAUCAGGAGAUCUGUCCUGGAAGAUAAUUUGUGGAGCAGGAUUUAUUUUUUUUCUUUCUGCCGUGCUCCAAAUGUUCCCUGAACUGUGGCACUUCAGCCAAGGAGAAAGGAGCCGGAGAGGAGACAAACUGUUAAGGACGACCGUUUCUUGCAUUUAUGCUAGUCUUAUUCUCUUGCAGUGGGAUAGAUGUUACUAGCCGGUAGGAAAAACAAUUUUAGGUUUGACACGAAACGGUCCAAAAUAAGGGCUGUAGUAGAAAACUUGAAAAGACUUUAAUGGCAAUUGCAAAAGGCUGUGGUUUGUCUUGCAAUGGUAUUUAUUCUAUGAUAUUUAUUCUAGAGACAGACACGUUGACGCAUUGGCACGCCACAGGGACACGAUUUGUCUUGGAGCCUCUCCGUGGCUGAACGAGGAUCAAAAAGAGGACAAGUCAAUAGACAGCUGUCAGUCACAGAGAGAAAGGGAGGCUGGGAUCCGGGACCGUCAGAAACCGGCGGCCAAAGACGGAUGACGAGGAAUGCAGGGAUAAUAGUGCAAAAAGACAGCUGAACCUGGUGGGUUUGGGACUUGUACACACUCCGAAGAAAUGUGUCAAAGGUUGUUUAUACAGCUGGACUCAUCUCCUGCCUUGGCUUCACGAGAAACUGAGACAUUUAGCAAGCACCAGAAGAACAAGCCUGGGAUUCUGGCGUCGAGCAGUCGACCACCUAAUUCUGUGCAAAUUACAAUCUCCGGGGGGAGAAAAUCAGCCUCUCUCUGGUUUUGCUGUAAAAAUAAAAUCUGAAAGCUGCGUGUGUGACGAGGUAAACAUACAAUUUGUGACGGGCGGGCGGAACCGCGCCGCUGCCUAAUCUGGCCUGUAAUUGAGCGGCGCGGCAUGUCGCGCUGAAACAAAACAAGAAGCCGUGUCUUUUCAUGUUAAAGAGGUGUCUGUUUCUGAAAACUGCUGACUUCACAGCUGAGUCAGAAAUAAGCUUUCCAACGGGUGCUAAACCCUGGAAACCUGCAUUUAAAAGGACUCUCAAAGAGACCGACCCCAGGCAUUGGCUGUGUAUUUUUUUUUUUUUAAUUUCUGGAGCGUAGAUCAUAUAUUAUGACUGGGAAACAAAAGUACCCUCCUUGACUUUUGCUCGGAUUAGUUUGUGCACCUUAUGUCAACGUUUCUACAAUAUCUCAUUGUCAAUAACAUGUCCAAGUCAUUCUCUUGUAACACUGCAGGUGUCGUAGUCUUUUAUCUUCGCUCUUUGCUCACAUAGAUGCUGUGGUUUUGUCAUUUUAUCUAGUUCUAAGGGACACUGUAGAGCAGCUAUGUACAGAUGAAUUUGUAACUUUGUAAUUCUGUCUGCUGUAUAAGGGCCCCUCAUUCUGUUGCAUUAGUUCAUGUGUAGUUUAAACACUGAACCUGGGUACAGGUUCUUAACGAGACUAUUGUACCAGUUGGAGAGCAUUUGAAGGGGGGAAAAAAAUGGAUUAUAAAGCGACAUCGAUUUUCAUGGAAGGACGGUAGCCCAGCUGGUUUUGAAGCAAUGACGGUUAAAAUGUUUGGAAUAAAUAAACUUUUACCCUUA